AUGGCUAGCACACAAGAUGAGUGUAGUCAGCUGGAAAAGUUUUAUCUGUUCAUGCUGCCCGAUGAAUCGGAAGGCAAACAAAGAAAUUUACAACAGAAGCAAAAUGGAAAGGUGAAGGAGUUAAAUUCUCAGGUCGACUACUGCCGACUACUUCCAUUGCUGCUGUUCAUACUCUUCCGCAGUGGUGAAGACUUGAUGAAGUAUUUGCAUGCAUUGGCCAAGACAUAA